AUGUCAACCCCUCCGCCUGCCGAAAAGAAGACCGUGUCUGAUCAACCCCUGGUGACACCUGCGGCUGCUGCCCAUCAUGAUUGCCUCGCUCGUCGCCACCAGCAGCUGCGACAGGGGGACAAUCAACAUCAGGAUGAACAGGCCCCGUCGCCCUCCCGUGCUGAAUCGCCGUCUGCUUAUCAAUGGUCCCUACCCACUUCCUCUUCCGCUCCUCCUUUAAAGAAACACCCGAAGCACCCUCCCGAACUGGAGAGACUCACUCGUCCUCAUCGCUCCCGCAGUCCCCAGCUCUCGGAACGAGAUAGCAUCUUUGCGACCAAUUACUUGCCCUCUGACAGUGAAGCACAAGCUUUGUCCUCUCUACCUUCCCGCGAUGACGACAACAGUCGUCCGGCCGGUGUGAGCUCCAAGCUCGGACAGCAAAAUGCACCAUCUCCCGUCUCAAUUUCUGUUCCCACCACUUCCAAGGUCCUUCCCCUUCGUCCUCAUCGCGGCGAGGCCGCCCGCAUGGAAGUUGACGUUGACAGAAGUUCCUAUCACUCCUCUCAGUUGCGUCCUCCCUUCCUGUCGCCACCCGUUAGCACUCAUGCCGCCUUGCUGUCCGCCACUGGUACCGGGGAUCGACCUCGGGGCUCCGAUGACCUCGACUCCGUAGCAGAGCUCGCAUCAUCCAUUCCAAUCCCAGGAAAUCUGCAAUCCCGAUCCCAUGAGUCAGGUACGAAAUCCGCCCCACCUCCAGAGGAUCCGUGGUCGGUCGAUCGUCCUGCCGUUCGGUCUUCCGCCAUCAGCUCUCCAUCGUCGGGACCAUUGGGCACGACUCAGGUACCGGAAGAACGUGGGGACCCGCGGGAUUUCCCGUGGGAUGGUCGUGACGAGGUGCAAAACAAGGUUAAGCGGAGUUCGAGUCGGGGUCGGCGUGGUAUGGUGGAACACUCAAUUGAGGCGAACUUGGCAAACGCGGAACCUGCAUCGCAUGUGCGCAGCCGCAAGUCUAGCCAUUAUCUGGGCUUGUUUAAAGAGAAUACCACAACCUCACCAGACCGGAAGAGGAACCAGGACCGCGGUUGGAAAACCGAGGAGCCGUGGGUGAUGUCAGACGAGGUCGCGUUGGAGGCACCUCCCGGUUCUGGGGCAUGGCCAUCCGAAAAAGCCGCCAAGCGAAGGAGCUCCAAGAGUCUGUCCCAUCCGUCAUUUGUUGCUGAUGCACCAGUGACCAUUGAACCUUCGUCACGGACCGACAGCCAUCCGCAGGCCCAGACGGAUGAUCUGGUCAAGUAUCAAUACAGAGCGUUGCCUCGCAACUUAUUGGAGGAAAUUCGAAACUUUCAUUUGACCCCCGGUGGUGCACGGGGUUCCUCAUUCUCUAAGAGCAUCCCGACCCAGUACACAGAAGGCGGUCGAGAGUACGCUCGGGAGCCGGUCUCAGGGGACGAGGCAGCCUCACCUGAUGCGUUUAGAGUGCAACGUCGUGGCUCCUCUCAAUUUGAAGAUGAGGAGGAAGAAAAAGAACAGAUUUCGUCUGCUUUGUACUUCCCUCAUGAGCGCGUGACAGUGUCGGACGAAGUUGACCCGUACAAGGCUCAUGCGAACGAUCAGGAUAGUCUCAAACAUUUUGAAGUAUCAACACCUGACACUGGUCCAAUCCUGCUGCCGGGCAAGGGCCAUGAUGUUCUUCCGGGUGAUCAGGAGGUGAACCAUGUCGAUAUCUCUCUCCGCUCUAAAAAUGACAGUAGAAUCUUGCACGGCGAUCUACAAGAUCUACAAGCCCCUCUAGAAGAAGAGAUAAAUGACAAAGCUUUGACUACCAUCUCCGAACGCAGCCAUGACUACUCCACCUGUGAAUCCGAACUUGCUUCUGAAGACGAAAGUGGAUUGUCGACCCAUGAGGAGUCGAGCGUCACGGAAGAUGAUGCCGCCGCCGCCGACAUAACGCCCACCGCAACUCCCACUCAGCGAAACCGGUAUCUGCGGCAGGGACGUAAGCAUGGCAAGGCCGCCCCGGUGGGUGCUGUCGAAUUAAAGCCUUAUCGGCAUCAAGUUGGUGGGCAUACGACGGUGUUUCGUUUCUCCAGGCGUGCUGUAUGCAAGCAACUGAACAAUAGGGAAAAUGAGUUCUACGAACGCAUCGAGCGCAGGCAUCCAGAGAUGCUGAUGUUUCUUCCAAGAUACAUCGGGGUCUUGAAUGUCACCUUUUCCAAAGGUUCCAAACGUCACAAGUCGCAUCCUGAGGGCCAACCUGAGCAUACAGACAACGAAACCGCCAAGGAUGAGCAACCUGCCAAGCAAGCAGCCGCGAAUGGUGCGCAGCCCCCCGAAAAUGGGGAGCCGCAGCGGAUCUUCAGCCACAGCCAGAAACAGGCGCCCGGCGUCACACCGAAAGUGAUUCUCGAGAAUAAUCGUCACAUCAUCCCAGUCGAUCUCUUCUCCAGCCACCACCAGAGACCUCGAACUGCGGACGCGACCACUCUCUCCUCUAAGCCCCGCUUCCCCACUGGCAAUGAAUUGCGGGGCCGUCUGCCGUUGAAGACGAGCAUUGAAGAGCAAAACCCUCCCGAGACGUCGAUCUCGAAACGGCCCAAUAUCAGUUGGGGUGCAACUACUGUCAACCGGAAAUUGCAGGAGCAGGUUCUUCGAGAAGUCUUCAGCCCUCCUGCCAUCCAUCACCAUCGACGACAUCCCCGAGGUCGCUUAAUCAUGCCUAGAACCACCUCAGAUAGUGGCCGUCGACGGGCUAAUCUUUCGGAGGAUCACACUGCGAGUAGCCGUCGUAUCGCACCGGAAUCCAAUGAGCCUCAACGCUCGGAUGCCAUCGACAUUGCGAUUAAAUCCGAUGAGGUCCCAGGGCUGUCAUCGUCGGCCUCAACCGCGCUGGAUGCGACCAAAAACCGUCUCGAGCAGAUCCGAGCAGAAGAGGGACAGCCACGCACCAGUUCUCUGAACAGACACCGGCAGAUGCGGCGGCGACAUUCGGGAAGUGGUCUGCAAAGACGAGGCAGCUUGGACAGCAAGCCCGGCGAUCUCGUCUUUUUCGACGAUGAUGGCUACGGUGGAGAUCAAGAGGAUGAAAUUUUUGCCAUGGAAGGCGAUGCUCCAAUGGCAUCGGAUCGUCCUGCGGCCAAGCCGUCCGCCCCAAGUGCACCGGAAGUUCCUCUCCUUGGUGGUAAUGUACAUCAUGCACCUCCAGCGAUCUCAGAACCACCACCCAAGCCUCCUCUCCCCCCUCAAAUGAAAGAAGAUGGCCGUUUCUACCUUCCGACCAAUCCGAAGGAAGCACAAACCAUGAAGGAUGAAAGAGUCCAAUACUUUUUGCUGCUUGAGGAUCUCACCGCCGGAAUGAACAAACCUUGCGUGCUGGAUCUGAAGAUGGGAACACGUCAAUACGGGAUGGAAGCUGAUGAGAAGAAGCAGAAGUCACAACGGCGCAAGUGCCAGACUACGACUUCUCAACAGCUGGGAGUGCGACUCUGUGGCAUGCAGACCUGGAACGUCAAGAAACAGGAUUAUACUUUUGAAGACAAGUAUUUCGGACGCGAUCUGAGAUCCGGUCGCGAAUUCCAGGAUGCUCUAACCCGUUUCCUCUACGAUGGUAUCAGCCACGGAAGUGUGGCCAAGAAAAUUCCGAUCAUUCUGGAGAAGCUUUCGAAAUUGGAGAACAUCAUUCGCAAACUGAAAAGCUAUCGCCUGUACGCUAGCAGCCUUCUGAUUCUGUACGAUGGUGAACUGAGCCCAUUCGACACAGCUCCUCAUACUCAAGGUCCUCAGCAUCAAUCCGGAAACAAACGGCCUGGUUUGCAACGUAAUGCUUCGGACGAUGGGCAUAACAACUUGAACGUUCAUCUCAAGAUUGUCGACUUUGCCAACUGCGUGACUGGCGAAGACGAAUUGCCUCCAAGUGCUCGAUGUCCACCUCAGCACCCCCAUGACAUUGACCGUGGUUAUUUGCGUGGUCUGCGCUCACUCAAAACGUACUUUCGACGUAUCUUGAAGGAGAUCACUCACGACGACUACUUGGAACGGGGUGAAAAUGAGGCCAUUGCCCUUGGUACUCGGGUCACGAAUCACGACGAUAUUUCUGACCGGGGCUGGGAUGAGGCGAUGGACAACGAUCCUGGUGAAGUCAGUGUUUGA